AUGACUUUGGAUGAUUUCGAAAAAGAGCUGGCUGCAAGUCAGAAGAAAAGGGAGCGAGAGAAAAGCAAGGAAACGCAUCAGGAGAAACGCCAGGACCAGGACCGGGACCGCGACCGACACAGACAUAGAGACAAAGAUAGGGAUAGAUAUCGGGACAGGGAAAAGAAUAGGGACAGGGCCAAUGACAGAAAUCGAGAAAGAGACAAAGAUAGGCACUCCUCUCACCACCACAGCCGUCGCCAUCACUCCUCCCGACACAGCAAUUACCAAGACGAAAAUGAAAACGGACACAGACACAAACGCUCCCGCCACUCCAGCAGCAACGGCGAUGGGAACAACGAACGUUCGCAGAAACACGGGUCUAGGCACGAAGAGAGUGGGAAAGCGGGAGAGCCGGAUCUGUUGACCUCACAUAUAUCUCCACUACCAAUUCGUAAAGAAGAGCCUACAGGACUACAGCGCGAUUCAUGGAUGGAAGCCCCCUCCGCACUGGAUAUAGACUACGUUCAGCGCCCCAAGCCUAAGCAGUCAGAACCAUCAACAAAACGUAUGCUGCAGGUGGAUUACGAGCUUAAAUUGCAUGAAAGAGAGCUUAAUCGCCAUUUACAUGAUAUCAACGAAGAGGGAGAACCGGAGCCUAAUAGCAAAGAUGCGGUUGUGCCGGCUAAACAUGACGUGGACUAUACUUUUGGUGAUGCUGGUUCUCAAUGGCGGAUGACGAAACUGAAAGCUGUAUACAGGCAGGCGAAGGAAACGGGGGCAAGGGUUGAGGAUGUUGCUAUUGAGCGAUUUGGGGACCUGCGUUCUUUCGACGAUGCGAGGGAGGAGGAAAUUGAGCUGGAGAGGAGGCAGACUUAUGGUGAGGACUAUGUUGGCAAAGAGAAGCCCAGUGGUGAGCUUUAUCGAGAAAGAAAACUCGACAGGGGUUUGAAGGAGAAAGAAGAACGGCAAACUCGCAAAGAAGACGAGGAUCCAAGCGGUUUCCAGUUGCACUCAAGGCAAUCUGUUGAAUCCGGGCCUCUAAUUCCACAGCAGACGAAACAGCUCGAUUCUACGGAUCUAAAUAGGCUCAAGGCACAGGUGAUGAAAGCAAAGCUACGGAAGGCGCCGAAUGUGGCGGAAUUAGAGGCGGAAUAUAAUGCUGCAAUUGCAUCUAUGGCGAAUCGAAAGGAUCCUGAUCUGGUGGUCCUUGGUGUGAUGGACAAUAGGCUGCUCGCUGGAGGGGAACGGCGAGAAGUUAAACCAGUGGAUACGAAGAGAGGAAAUGAAAGAGGCCAAGUGCAGGAAAAUGAAGAUAUGACCAUUGAAGAUAUGGUGCGAGAGGAGCGUAGGACCCGUGGUCAGGCUGGAGGUGAAGGACAGCGGUUUGCGGAGAGGAUUGCGAAAGAUGCAAAAUUCGAUAAUGAUCUUGAGUAUAUGGACGAGAAUGCCGCGAAGCUCGCCAAACGCGUACAAAAAUCAGAUAUCAACAUAAAAAAUACCGCGAUCAAUGAAUUCCAAAAGAUGAACCGUAUCCUUGAUAGCUGCCCACUCUGCUACCACGAAGACACAGAAACGCCUCCCCUCGCCCCCGUGGUGUCAUUGGCAACGAGAGUAUAUCUCACUCUCCCCACAGAACCCGAGCUCUGUGAGGGGAGCGCCUGCAUCGUCCCGAUACAACACCGGAGCAAUCUCCUCGAAUGCGACGACGACGAAUGGGAGGAGAUCCGAAACUUCAUGAAAAGCCUGACGCGCAUGUAUCACGAUCAGGGGCGAGAUGUGAUCUUCUAUGAGAACGCAGCACAACCACAACGCCGUCGCCACGCCGCGAUGGAAGUCGUUCCUCUCCCCUACGCUCUUGGCGAGACCUCCCCAGCUUUCUUCAAGGAAGCCAUUCUCGCCGCUGACGAGGAGUGGACGCAGCAUAAGAAAUUGAUCGACACCCUGGCACAGGCGCGCGCGGGAAUGGGGAAGUUAGCCUUCCGCCGCACCAUUGCGAAGGAGAUGCCGUAUUUUCACGUAUGGUUUGAAUUGGAUGGCGGGCUGGGGCAUAUUGUGGAGGAUACCAAUCGGUGGCCACGUGGGGAUCUGUUUGCCAGGGAAGUUAUAGGUGGUAUGCUGGAUCUGGAGCCGGAUAUAAUUAAACGGCAAGGACGGUGGCGCAAGGGAACUGAUGGGAGAGUUGAUGGGUUUAAAAAACGGUGGAGGAAGUUUGAUUGGACAAAAAUGUUGACGGAAGGAUGA